CAUUGUAAAUAGAUUGGUUCAGUAUUGUUUGAGUAAAACAUAGCUGAACAUCAUAUCCGUUAUGUUAGGGUCGCCUCUUGGUACUUAACCUGCUCGACAAGCUGCUAGCUACUAGCUUUUUGGCUAACUAACCUAGCUAGUUAACUUAGACUUAGACUGCUAAACUGACAAGACACCAAAUCAAUAUGUUAACUGCUUACAGCAGCUGUUAGCUGGAUGAGCUUUUUCUAAGCAACCAUAAUGUGGAGACAGGAAAACCAGUCAGCCAAGCCAGCUGCAGGCUGCCUCUCUGUGCCACUCUUUAACCAGAAGAAAAGAAACAGAGUUCCUCUGACAUCUGCUCCUUCUGUGAAUGAAUUCUUUUCCCACAGUGAAUACCUGGCAAACACCAGUGCAGCUCCAUCUCACAGCUCACCAAGUACCUAUGGAGGUUACCAGGCCUCAGGUCCGUUUUCUGGUCCCUCACAAAGCCACCAGUGUUACAGACAGGGUGUUUCACAGUCCACUCAGCCCCAGCAGUAUGAAAGCAACAGACCUGCUCCUGGACCUGCCCCUACAACGAGAGCCUUUGCACCUGUGCCACAUCCAUACAAAGGUGGAAGCUCAAGCUCUAAGACGGGACAGCCCAGCUACCCAGCCAGACAACAGGAUUCCAGACAGAACAAAUAUCAAACUCCCUCCAGCAGUGAGAGUGCACAAACCAAGCCAACACCCCAUACUGGGUGGUCUCAGAGGGGUCAGCAGUUAUCUUACAGACCGCCCGAUGCCACACAUCAAUAUCCUCAGCAGUCUAGACCUUUGCCUCCUCCUGUUCCACCCACCAGCACGCCCGCUGCUCGUGCAGUGCAACCACAAAACAACUCCUGGAAAUUCACCAACAGCUUUGGGCCACUGAGUUCCAGCUUUGAGGGGAAAAUGAGCUCAAAUCAACCUCAGACAACACGACCAACUCAAACUCAGCAGGAAACAUUUCCAAGGAAGCCAGCCCCUGAGAACUCACUGAGGAUCCUGACUGCAGUUAUUGAUGGCAUGAGACACUGGAGCCAGUUCAAAGACAAAGUCCCGUACUUAUUUGAGAUCUUUGCUACUCUGGACUCUGCGGUUACCCUGGGUCGCCACGGAGCUAAGACCUUCCUCAUAAGAGACGGGAAGGAGGCUGUGCAGUGUGUCUUCUAUGAAAAUGAGCAAGAACUGCCCCGUCUCAUCCGUGGUCAAGUUCAUCGAUAUGUGGGUAACUAUGACUGCAGCAGAGAUGUCCUCAUGUGUGUGUCCAUCAGGCCCUGCCUGCCCUCAGAGCUGAGGAAUGCCCAGGAGUCUAUCAAAGCAUGCGAUGCUGAGAUGAGGGCGCUGGUGAAAUCCCUCAGUGAAGUCUGAGCAUGAGUAGAUUUUCAGCAGGAUAAGAUUAAUAGGAGGAAAGUAAAGUAGUAUUUGAUGGCGGUCCAUGAAAGCCAAGCUUACUUAUAUAUACUCUUGUUAUAGGUAGAAGUUCUAUUGGUUUGAAAAAGCAUAUUUGAGGUGUUGAACUUGUCGACCUGUGAGGGACGAUGUUGCUGUUAGUUUUUCGUUGAAUUGACUUGCAUGUUCUGGCGAAGAUGUUUUUGUAUUAAUUUGUGAAACAAUUAUAUAAAAGAGUUUCUGUCAUUUAACGAAACCUUUAA